AUGGAGGGUGAAGGGGGCAGGCCUCGAGCCGUUUUCAUGGCAUUCGGGACGAAGGGUGACGUCUAUCCAAUCGCGGUAACUCUCCCGCUAGGUUUUUCUUCUGGAAAACAAACAAACAAAUCUUUGAGUCCGUUCUGGGUCUGGGAGCAGAAUGGAGAUAUGGGUUGGGACUGGGACGAUAGUGUUCUUCUAGUAUUGGCGUUUGCUAUGAAUUUAGGUCAGAGAUGCGGAUUUUGUACUCCUUCUGAUGGAUCGCGUUUUCAGUUUUCAAGCACGGUUAUGCCACCCAGCUUGAUUGUGAAUAUCUCUUUCGUGUGAUUGACCUCUUUCUCCCCGCCGUAUGGCUUGAAAAAUGUGGCUCUAUGCGAUCAGUGCUGUGUUGGCGCCCAUUCUUCUUCUCCGGCAAGCAAGGUCCUGAGCCUUAGCCGCCCAUUUUGUUUUCAGGCGAUUGCUUCAGCUCUUUCGUGUGAUCGCAAAGAUUAUGAUGUGAUACUGAUCACCCAUUCAGCUCACAAGGUAUGUGGCACGAAGAUUUCUUGUCAUCUCCACAGCCUCGAGGUUUUUCAUUCCCCUAAUUAUUUCAAGCUCCCCCGUCGGAGUGCUGUUGUCUUCGGUUCAUGCAGUCACUGGCUGGAUCUCUAGAAGCGAGAGGGGUUCACUUUAUUCCAGUUUCUACGCCUGCUGUCUUGUCACGAAACCAUGGCAGCUCUGCCGAAGGUGAUAUGCAUAGGAAGAAGCGUCUUUUCUUCGCUUCUUCUUCACACUCAUGCUGCGUAUAAUUAUCUUUUGCAGCCGUUUCCAGCAAUUUUUGACACCUAUUUUCUUGUUCUAGAUUCGGGGGAACUCCCUUUCUCCAUGCAGAAGAAGGCCAUCCGGGUGGGACACAGGAAGGAGUGUUUAUCCGCUGUAGAAGGAAUCUUUGGAGACGGCCCUAGCCUGGAGGGUGAUUUCAUCUUGAUCAACUUCUUUGCCUUGGUAACGCUCGUCGUAAGCCCGGAAAUUGCACUGCAUUUUUUCUUCUUCUUCUCAAGAAUGGCGCAUAUGAAGCUUACCCUUUGCCAAUAAAUAAUCUAAAUCUGUGUACUAUUAUGGAUUGUGGUCUAGGAAGGAUGGAACCUUGCCGAGCUGUUUCAGGUCUGCUGUGUUGUUGCUGCUCCCUAUGUCGUUCCCUAUAGGUACACAACUCUUUUCUCUCUGGUUCUGAUCUAUGCUUUCUGGGGCUGCUGUCUGGGCAAAACGGAAAUGAAUUUUUUAUUUGGCAAGUAUGUAUACGUUCUUUCUCCAAAAUCUCACAUCAACCCUCUCGAUUAGAAGAUGAGAACUUCUAAACUUUUGAACUGGGAAUAUUGUGAAAGGGUUUGUGGGUCAUUUGAGAGAUGAGAUUAUCAUCGGGUUUAUGCCACCAGUCCAGAAAUCAUCGUUCUUUGAAAUCAGGCUGCAUAAUUUUGCUGCAAGGCAUUAAAAAAAAAAAAAGGACUAGCUUUCUAGACUGUGUUAGUGACAACGACAAUGGCGAUGAUGAAUGAUUGCCCACCUAAUUUGUGCAGCGCCCCUUCAUCAUUUGAACGCCAAUUCAAAGAUGAGCUCCCGCUUCUACAUCGGCAUCUUCAAGAAUCACCUCUUGGCAAGGUCUGAUUGCUUGCAUUCUGCUUAAGCCCAGCUUGCAAGCCUUGUAAUUAUCCUCUUUUCAUUUCUGUGGCGUUGGGCUCCUCCACUGUUCAAUUUUAUAUCUGAUGGAAUGACCUGAUGGUUUCAGCAUCGCAGGCUGAAAGAAAUCUCAACCCUUCAUUUUCUAGGUCUGCUGGAGUGAUGUUAUUCAUUGGAUGUGGCCACUUUUCACUGAAGACUGGGGAUCCUGGAGGAGCGACUCCUUGAAUUUAAGCCCUAUCCCAUUCACAGUCAGUACAUCCUUUCCAGGUUUUUAUAUUUUUUUUCCCAUUUAAGUUUCACCCUUUUCAAAAAUAAAAAAUAUCUGUACCAUUAAAAAAAUUAUAAUCUGAGAGCGACAACUGGUGCUGAUAAUUAGGAUGGUGCAAACCCUGAAUUAUUGAUCCCAAAUGCAGGAUCCAGUGACCUGCCUCCCAUCGUGGUCUUCACUCGAGCAAUCUCCAUUGUUGCUGUAAGACUCCUCAGCCUCGUAGUUUUCUUUACCGUAGAGUCUGUAACGUUGAUGACAGCUCGUUCUAUACAGAUUGCAUUAUGUUUAAAAGGCUCACUGACCAGUCAUGAACUCCCAAAAAUGUCCUUCGUUUGUGCAGAUAUGGGUUUAGCAAAGAGGUCGUAGAAUGCCCAGGUAUUUAUUGAUUAAGCAUGCCUUAAUGCGUCAUUUCCUCUGCGGGACAUCUGCAAAUACAUAUUAGUGAACGGAUUGGCCAAUCAGAUCAAGAUUUCCGUUCUGAUUUACCGCAUAAGUCAUCAUCAAUGCACCUGCUUUUAAGUCUGUCACCGGUUGAAACAGGGUAUUGGCCACCAAAUGUGCAUGCGUGUGGGUUUUGGUUCCUCCCCAUGGACUGGCAGUUCUCAUGCGCCCAAUGCAGGGAGAGAAUGCUGCAUCGUUCUGCAUAUCUGACCAUGACUGAGGACCUCUGUUCGAGCCAUGUUGAUUUGGAACACUUUAUGAAGACUUCUGGCCAUUCAUGCCGGCCCAUUUUUGUUGGGCUGAGCUCUAUCGGGAGGUACGUUUCAGUGUGCUCAAAUCAAUUUCUGCUUGCUCUCCUCCUUGAUCUGGUCCCAAGUCCUUUAAUGUUGUACAACGUGAGAGGGCCAAGGCUACAAGGGGUUCGUCUGUAUUAUGUCAAUGAAGAUAUUUUCUGUAUAAGGUCGUCCAAAAGUAUACAUGAAAAAAUCCAUGUCUCACCAGGAGGAGAACAGUGUUAGACGGAAGACCCAUGGCCUAAAUCAGAAACAGGGCCGUUAGAUUGAAGAAAUCCAUGAACUUGGCCCAAGUUUUUGCUAGUUCGGGUCCUAGAUUGUCUGAUCCUGUGAGAACCAGUCCUUAGCCAGACCAUUUGCUCAUAUAAAACAACUCUUCUUCACAUAAUCGAAUGUCCAACCGGAUCCUCACACGGCUCCGACAUUGUGCAGCAUGGGCUACAUUGUGAAUCCCCGGGCGUUUCUCUUGGUGCUAAAAGCUGUCACAGAGAGAACUGGCCAAAGAUUCAUCCUUUUCUCCUCUGGUUAUGAGACUUUAGAUGCCGCCAUCAGAUUAAUGGCCGAUGAAUUACCAAACCCUGUUCAAACGCCUCAAUCCGACUGCGCUGGGGACUUUGCCCUUCUCCAUGAGAACCGUCUGUUUUGUUUCUCUGGGUGAGGGAUUUCUUCAUAACUCGUCUCUUGGCUGCUGGGUUUUGGCUGGCUUCAUCCUCAUAGACUGACCCAUUCUAUAUUUUUAUCUUUUUUUUUUUUUGGUAGCAACGUACCGUACAGCUGGCUCUUCCCGAAAUGUGCUGCCGUGAUUCACCAUGGGGGCAGGUGAGAAGCUUGGGCUCCGAUCAUUUACAGAACGACCACUGCCCUUGAGAAUAAAAGUCCCACAUUUUAGCCCUUAUCUUGUGACAGUGGGUCUACGGCUGCAGCAGUAGCCGCAGGUGUCCCGCAGGUACGUGAAAGAGACGCCGGCUCUCAUCUACUCCGACGGCUUCACGCCCUUUUGCUCUGUUGUUGUCCUGAAUUCAGUUUCUGAUGCUGAUCCAUUGGUGCCCUUAUGAGAUUGAAGAUAGCAUUAUCCCUCGCCCAGCCUCCUGCGUGCACCCAUCCUGUCCUAGAGAGAGAAUGGGAGAGAGAAACGGGCACUGGGCUUUCGGGACGUGCUCGUUUUUCUUUCAGGGCAGUUGGGCUCCGGGGUUGCUUGCCUGGCUGAUCUGAUAGUAAAGGGGACUCCUUUCAGGUGGUGUGCCCUUUUGUGCUGGAUCAGUUUUACUGGGCGGAGAGGAUGCAUUGGCUUGGACUCGCACCAGAGCCGCUGCAGAAGGGCAGUCUGGUUCCAGAGGAUGAUGAUGCGGCGACCAUCGAGAGGGGCGCCUGUGCUGUGAUGAGGGCCAUAGAAUCGGCUUUGUCACCUGAUGUAAGGUCUCAUGCUGCUGAAAUGGCUGAAAGAGUUUCAAUGGAGGUACUUUCUUCCCUAGUUGAGUAAAAGCCCAGAGCCUGCCCCGGGCCAGCACCUGUGUGUGUGUGUGAUGGAUGCUUAGCAUUUGAUGUUUUGACUCGGACUAACCUUGGUAAUUGCAGGAUGGGAUUGCAGCGGCUCUAAAGAUCCUCGAGCAACAGGUUCUUCGUCCUAGAGGGGGAGACGGGUGA